UUGGAAUUGUAUUUAUGCGAAAUGCGAGCUCUUCAAAUCAUUGGAAAUAAAUCCCUGCACUGAAUCGGUGGGAUAUACACGAAGUUUAGUGAACGCUAAUGUUAUAGAUAGUUCAGAUGCGACAAAUGGAACGGACUUCAAUUUUAUAACUCUGACUACACUUGCUGUAACUACUUUAGCUAAGCAGGGUAGAGAUGCUCGACCUAGAACAACAAAAAAAACUACUACUCAAUCGCCGCCGGAUACUACUACUACACCGCAAUCAACCACUCCGUCGGAAACUACUACUACACCGCCAUUACCGACUCCGGAGCUAAAUACUACCUUAUCGCCAUCAACGACUACUGAGUCAACAACCAUCACAAUGCCUCUGGAAACUACUAGUGAGAAUAAAUACGGUCAGGUGGAAUGUGUUAAUGCCUUAAAAGAAACUGUUAGCACAGUAAUGAUAUUUUAUAAUGCAGAGAUUGCAUUUUCUGAUUAUACUGAGAGUGCAUUAACCAUUACAAUAACACAGUUGCUUGAGCCUUGGACCUUAAUAUAUUUCGAGAAUCCUACAAUAACCAGUGAAGUGGAAAAGCAUGAUGAUGAUGUUAACCAGUCGGCUCAGACAACACUUUAUAUUAAGGACUUAAGCUGCGGUACCUCCUACGUAUUUUGCUUGAUGGUUGAGGAGAAUAGGACAUCGCCUUUCAACUGUCGAUCCCAUCAAACAUUACCCUGUGCCAUCCUGAGACUGAGUUGGUUUGCGGCAAAUAGUUCGCUGAUUAUAGGUCUAUCAAUAGGCGGCAUUUUGCUAAGUGUGCUUAUUGGAUUGUUCGCAAUGUACGGCGUUCUCUGGCUGCGUCCCCAUUGGCUCUACGGAAGUAAAAGAUUGCUGCGUUCGGAAAGUGAAUCGCAUAGAAUGCUCCUGUUGCCCAGAAGUUGUGAAAAGGAUCAUUAUGGUGCUGCGGCCAGAAAUCCUAAACACGAAAACGCAAUUGCCGAAUAUGCGGGAUACUACCAUUUGGAAAAAUUCCAACUGUUCAAGGGAGGUCCAAAUAAGUAUAGUAUACCCCCAAAUGAAUGUGCUCCAUCUGCGCCACCUUCAGAAGGAAAAAGUUCUAUGAAAUCUUUCAAUCUUAAUUUAUACGAAUCAUUUAAUUUAUACGAGGAGCUUAAAUAA